GUCUGAAUACUACAAUUUCUAAAAUGGAAGCAAAAGAAUUUUUCCAGAAGGCCAACGAAGAAUUUGUUAAUGAAAAUUUCGAAAAGGCAUUGGAAUUUUAUUCGAAGGCCAUUGAAUUGGACGGAACCAAUGCUGAGUAUUAUAACAAUAGAGCACAAGUUAAAAUCAACCAAGGGAAGUACGAAGAGGCGAUAACUGACACUAACACCGCGUGUGAAAUAAAUCCAAAGAGUGUCAAAGCGUACGUAAGGAAAGGCACUGCGUUAUUUCAUCUCGAAAAAUACACAGAAGCUUAUACAACAUUUAAAGCGGCAGAAAUCCUUGAUCCUGAUGACAAAGCAAUAAAAACAUGGGUAAGGAAAUGUGAAGCUGAAUUGGAUAUUCUGGGUAAAGAAACAGGUGAAGACAAGUCCAUGGAACCAAUUGUUGGCACUUCAAAGGGAGAAAUCGAAACUCCAAAACCAAAAGAAGAACCAAAGGCUCCAGCUGCUGCUCCAAGUCAGCCCCCUCCAAUGCCUGCUGGUCCCAAAACACGAUAUGAUUGGUAUCAGACCCAAACAACAGUUGUAGUCAAUGUGAUGCUGAAAAAUGUGAAAAAAGAAGAUUGCACAAUUAACAUCGAGCCAAAGGCAGUGAGUGUUACAGUUAAGUUGCCUGGGGGAAGUAAUUACAGUUUAGAACUCGAUUUGGCCCAUGAAAUCAUUCCUGAGAAAUCUGUAAGCAAAAUUAUGUCUACCAAAAUUGAGAUCAAACUUCGUAAAUCUGAGGAAAGGCAGUGGAAAAAAUUAGAGGAUGAUGGUCUCCAGGACAAAGUCAAACAGUUUAAUCCUCAAGGCUCCGAUCCAACCGUGAGCAAGUAUCCCACAUCCAGUCAUUAUACCAGAAACUGGGAUAAGUUGGUGAGUGAUAUCAAGCAAGAAGAGAAGGACGAGAAAUUGGAUGGAGAUGCAGCCUUGAAUCAGCUGUUUCAGAAGAUCUACGCUGAUGCCGGUGAAGAUACGAAGAAAGCAAUGAUGAAAUCAUUUUAUGAAUCAGGUGGAACUGUUCUAAGCACAAACUGGAAUGAAGUUGGAAAGGAGAAAGUUGAUGUGAAACCACCAGAUGGGAUGGAGUACAAAAAGUGGGAAGUGUGAUAGACAACAAAGUACUGAAGAGUGAUUAUCAUCUUUAUCUUCAUUAAGUCAUAUUGAUAAGAAUAAGAACUACAGUGUAAUUCUGUUAUAUUUAUUUCAUGACUCUUGCAGAAAUUGGCAUUGUAUAUUAUGCUUUGAUCAAAUCUGAAUAACAUGUAGAGAUGCUGAGCAGUUAGAUAUCCAAUAAAUUUAACUGGAAGCUUAA